CUCUUACCAAAUACAAUGCCAAACACAACUUCAUCUUCCUCAAAAUACUUCUCUAAACAAAGAAAGGGAGAAUGGAGAAUAGGACAUGGAGUUUGAGAGUCAUAUGUUUCGUUUUUUUCUUUAUCACUUCCUCUUCUGCAGAGUUCCUCAUUCGACAGGUCACAGAAAGCAAAGACUCCUCUGUUUUGGAAACAGAGUAUAAUCUCAACACGAAUUUGGGACUGACGAGAGUGUUGAGAAACCAGCGACCAUCAAGUAAGAUCGUAACAAUAGGAAGCUUCUCUGUGAUUAGGGAGAGAUCUGAACCCUACGAGUCCUCUGUUUUUGAAGCUUCUGGUUACAAAUGGAGGUUGAUCUUGUACAUGAAUGGUAAUAAAAACGAUGGAGGAAACAAUCAUGUAUCACUUUACGUGAGGAUCGAAGAUACAGAAUCUCUUCCCACAGGCUGGGAGGUUGACGUUGAUCUCAAACUCUUUGUUCACAAUGCCAGACAGCGCCAAUACUUGACCGUCAGUGAUGAAACGGUGAAACGAUACAACCAAGGAUAUAGAGAGUGGGGAUAUGCACAGUUGAUUCCUCUUUCAACAUUCCACAAUCCCAGUCAAGGUUACAUCGUACAAGACACUUGUUCUUUUGGCGCUGAGAUAUUCAUCGUCAAACCGGUCGAACAACAAGAGAGAGUCACAGUUGUAUCAAACCCUCCAAACAACGUUUUCACUUGGAGAUUACUUCGUUUCUCCACCUUGCAAAAUAAGUUCUAUAACUCUCCAAGUUUUCUUGUCGGAGACCGAUACUGGAGAUUAGAGACUAACCCGAGAGGAGUUGGACCAGGAGCACCCCAUCUCCCUUUUAACCUAGAAGCUCAAGGCUUUAGGCCAAACGCAGUCGCCACAACCACCUGGGGAGCGGUUAAUCUGAGAUUGAGGGAUCAGCUAGGCUCCAACCACAGAUUAGGAUACUCUGCAGCUUGGUAUCCGAUUCGACCGGGGUAUAAAGUGGGAUUAAACAUAAUCUACAUUAGAGAUCUACGAGGUGGAUAUUUGGUGAAUGAUUCCAUAGUCCUUGAAGCCGAGAUGGUUAUGGUUUCUGUUACCAACAUUGUCCCCAUAUGAAAAUCUCUACUUGUUUAGUAUCGAAGCAUGUUAUAUUGUCAAAGCGACUAUGUCUUUGUUGAUGCUUGUUAUGUCACUCAUGGUUCUUCCGCGUGAUAAAUAAAAUGAAACUCUUUUUGUG